UCUGACAAUCACAAGCCAGGUGAUUCAUCCUCGAAUCGUAUCUUGACCCUCCCCAAGGUUACCUAGGCUCGGAGGUCGAAGUCGAUACCUACAGAUUUUCUCGCUUUCAGGUUGUGCAAACUUUUGCGUCGGGCGACUUUACAAUGUCUCCCCACCGACCUUGGACGCCAGAUCUCUUACAAUCGCAGUCCCCGGCUGUCGGUGGUUCUUCUUCAGAUAGGAACGAGGUUGAUGGGGAAGCUAGGAUACAGGGUUCUCCACUAGGACCAGACUCGGCAUCAGCAUCAGGAUCGGGAUCGGGAUUGGAAGCGGGAUCGAGUUCAAGUUCGGGUCCAGGUUCUAGCUCUCGUGCGACCGCCGCCUCUUCAGCCCCAAGCUCGACCCCGACUGAAUACUCUGGAUCGACUUCUACCUCAUCGCCCUUCGAUGUUGAACCUGAACCAGGUCCAAAUAUGAAUACGAACACGAACACGGGCCCGGACAUGAACAUGGACAUGAGCAUGGGCGCAGACAUGGGGAUGGACAUGGACAGACCUAUCGAUAUCGCCGGGAUCUUGUCGAACUUGUCGGCGGACGGGCCUGAACCUACGUCGACACCGCGAAGACGUCCUUUUGCUGCACGCAGAGAGCGGGCAAUACGUGCUACUGCACCUACAUUAUCGACACCGACAACAUCAACGGCUAGACUCGAGCAACACGAUGGGGGUCCAACGUCGAUCCAGGACGACAUCCAGAGCCUAGGCGAAAACAGUCUUGCCCAAGCCGAAGAUCAAACCCAAACCCAAAACCAAAUUCAAAAUCAAACGGAAGAUCGACCUGUUCCUCCCGCUCCUUCCCUCGCUCAUGCGCAUCUACCUGUCCAACCGCAACCUACACAUCAGCCUAUGCCGCUCCCUCCAGGGUUACAGUCGUUGUUGAUGGGGAUGAUGGCUGCUAUGAACGCUUCGAAUGCAGGCGGUGGUGCUGGAGGUGGGGGAGGUGUCGAUGCCGCUGCCGCCGCUGGAGGUCCUGCAGCUGGUGGUACGGGUAUGGGUCGGAACGAGACUGGCAAUGGCAGCGAGAAUGAGAGCGGUCAGAACAACAAUAGUGGCAGCGGAUCUAGAUCAGGCUCAGCAUCGCCCGACCCCAACGCUCAAGCUCAACAACCCACACCUGACCAACCCCCUACCGACCCCCGAGCGACCUUUCAACGCCAAUUCGCUCAUUUCGCCAAUAACCUCCACCUCCACGCUUUCCCCUUCUUGCAAUCCCACGCUUCGCCGCGUUCGGACCCGGAGCGAGCCGAGGAACUCUUAAAGGGAUUGAAGGAUCCUGGCAAGGGAGUGUUGAGGCGGUUGGUAAGGCUUUGCGAGGUCGAGAGUAGGGAUGCUAGAGUCAAGGCGGGAGAGGGGGAGGGGGAAGAGGUCGUAGGGAUGCAAUGUGGGAUCUGCUUGGAUACGGUCGUGGAGAUCUUCGAGAGGGAGCAAGAGCAAGAACAAGAGCAGGAGAAGGAAAAGGCUGCGAAGCGAGAUCGGGAAGAAAGGGCACUCCAGGUGGACGAGACGAAACGUGGCGACGACGGAUCUUGUCAAGGAGGUAUGAUUGAAACCGAGGGAGUGGAGGUGGAUCCCGAAUCGACGGGCUCGACGAUGACUCCCGAUCCGGAAGAGAGCACGGACUCGGCAUCGAGGUCGUCGGAUCCUGAUACGCCUGAGAUGCAGGACGUCGAGAUGCUGUUGGACGGACAAAAGCCGGUUUGCAAGUCGGAGGACACGACGUUUAGGGCGUUUCCUUGUCAUCACAUGUUUUGCCAAGAGUGUCUUUUGCCUUGGUUGGCGACGCAUACGACUUGCCCGACAUGCCGACUCGACAUCGACCCGCAUUCGGUCACGCUUCGCCGACCCGUAUCUCGUCAAUCGCGGGAUAACUCUUUGCGACCUGGAGCGACGCGGGCAGCGAUGAGACAAGCAAUGCGACGGGAAGCGUUGGAUCGCACUGGAGCACAGAGAAGCAGGCCUUGGAGGAUGAUGCGCGAGUCACCUUCUGCGCCCCUGGUCCCUGUGCCGACCGCAAACGGCGACUUUAAUCAAGGUCAGAACGCUGCGGCAAACGCGUCUUCCGGUGCUCCUUCCGGUGCUCCAGGAGAGGAGGUCCCAACUGCGAAUCCGGCCGCAGCGAGCGACGCUAUGGCCGUAGAUCCAGGGCCCAUUGGCGACAACGCACCCGCAUCGGCCUCACCUCGAGCAGAGACCGAAGGUCCCCAGGAUACAAUGGGUACUCAAGCCAACGCUGGUCCUCCCGGUCAUCCUGGGAACAAUCCCAUGGGCAACCUCACGAUCGUGUUCUUGGCCGGGGACGGCCGAGGUCAGGAAAACCCUCACAACGACGCUUCAGCUGCUGAAAAUGGGCAGAACAACACUCCAUUCGGGACCACGGGCGGACAACCACCCUCGUCCCCGGCGGGCGGGCUCGUCAUGACGUUCGGAACCGGUCAUCCACCUCCAAAUUUUGGUCGCAUGCCGCAUCCACCUCCGAAUCUUGUCCACAUGCCGGGUGAUCCAAAUUCACCCCUUGUCCGCCUCCAUGGUGAUAACGCCACAACACCAAGUGAUAGUGACGCAGAGCAACGAUCGAAUGCUGGAACGACACCCAACCGCGACCCGGUCCUCCCCAGAAUGCCUCCCGUGCUUUUUGCCUUUGGGCAGAACAUGAAUCCCUUUGCGCCCCAGGAUGUCGUGCAUGUCAGGAGCGAUGCUGUUUGGAACCCACCGGCGCCCAAAAGUUCGCUUCGACAAUGGCUGCACAAGCGCGAACGGGACUUGGGGAUCGUAUGCGAUGAUCCUCACUGCAAGCGUGUUGACGUGCAAUCGGAUCUUGACGGAGACUCCGACAGCGGCAAAGAACUGAUGCGGCUGAACGGAUUCUCGACCUUUGAUGCUCUUUGUGAGCAUCGAUUUCACGAGGCAUGUCUGGUUCAAGCGAAUACUUUCAACGAGGAACUGCACCCGCUCGACAGCGAGCGUGCGGCAUUGCGAUGUCCACAGUGUAGGAAGCAAGGCUGGGCUGCGAUCAGCCCGGCUUGAUGGCGAGUUCUGACCACGUCCUUUCGCGGGAUGGAAUCUGCGAACCACGGCUGCGGAAAUGUUUGAGGGCCGGAACGCCCGAUAGA